AUGCGAACAUCAGUUUCCGAGCAACAGACGAAAAAGCAAGUGCAAGUUGACGAGGAGAGGAAAGAAAUGGAAAAACUUGAACAUCGUGCGGUAAUUAAAUUUUUAACUAUAGAAGGAUUAACGCCAAACCAGAUCAAGGAAAGGAUAGAUAAUGUUCAUGGCGACUCUGCACCGUCGUAUAGUAUGAUCAAAAAUUGGUCGAAGUUAUUUCGUUGCGGAAGAGGGUCAAUCGAAGAUGACCCACGCAGUAGUCGACCGGUCAGCGAGGUCACACUAGAAAGCGUGAAGUUAGUGGAGCAAAUGGUUCUGAGUGAUCGUCGAUUAAAGACGAAGGAAAUCGCAACGCUUUCCAAAACAACUGUUCUUCGUAUCCUUCAUGACUAUCUAGGAAUGUCAAAAAUUAGCCGCGGUGUGCGGCUGCUGCACGAUAAAGCACCAGUCCACGUUGUUGCCCUAACAAAAGCUAUCGUUCGCAAAUUACGCUUCACUGAAAUAAACCAUCCACCGUACAAUCCAAAUUUAGCUCCUAGCGAUUAUUUUUUAUUUUCAAAAUUAAAAGCGGAUCUCAGAGGAGGGAAAUUUGGCACCGAUGAAGAGGUGAAGGAAGUCGUGAACGAACAUUUUAGAAACAAAACUUCAGAGUACUUGUACAGUGGUAUAGAUGCAAUUAUCCAAAGGUGUAAAAAAUGUAUUGAAAUAAAGGGUGACUAUAUUGAGAAAUAA